ACCUGAGCUGGGGACAGGCGGUCACACGGACAGUGAAGACUCACUUCCUACCCUCGGCACCCAGGGCCAGAGUCAGAGCAACAGAAACUAGACACCAUGUGUGACGAAGACGAGACCACCGCUCUUGUGUGUGACAACGGCUCUGGCCUGGUGAAAGCUGGCUUUGCCGGGGAUGAUGCCCCCAGGGCUGUGUUCCCAUCCAUCGUGGGCCGACCCCGUCACCAGGGUGUCAUGGUAGGUAUGGGUCAGAAGGACUCCUACGUGGGUGACGAGGCCCAGAGCAAGAGGGGUAUCCUGACCCUGAAGUACCCCAUUGAGCAUGGUAUCAUCACCAACUGGGACGACAUGGAGAAGAUCUGGCACCACACCUUCUACAACGAGCUGCGUGUGGCCCCUGAGGAGCACCCAACCCUGCUCACCGAGGCCCCCUUGAACCCCAAAGCUAACCGGGAGAAGAUGACUCAAAUCAUGUUUGAGACCUUCAACGUGCCUGCCAUGUAUGUGGCUAUCCAGGCGGUGCUGUCCCUCUAUGCCUCCGGCCGUACCACCGGCAUCGUGUUGGAUUCUGGGGACGGUGUCACCCACAACGUGCCCAUCUAUGAGGGCUAUGCCCUGCCACACGCCAUCAUGCGUCUGGACCUGGCCGGUCGCGACCUCACUGACUACCUGAUGAAAAUCCUCACUGAGCGUGGCUAUUCCUUCGUGACCACAGCUGAACGUGAGAUUGUGCGCGACAUCAAAGAGAAGCUGUGCUAUGUGGCCCUGGACUUUGAGAAUGAGAUGGCCACCGCUGCCUCUUCCUCCUCUCUGGAAAAAAGCUAUGAGUUGCCAGACGGGCAGGUCAUCACCAUCGGCAACGAGCGUUUCCGUUGCCCGGAGACGCUCUUCCAGCCUUCCUUUAUCGGUAUGGAGUCUGCGGGGAUCCAUGAGACCACCUACAACAGCAUCAUGAAGUGCGACAUCGACAUCAGGAAGGACCUGUACGCCAACAACGUCAUGUCAGGGGGCACCACCAUGUACCCUGGUAUCGCUGACCGCAUGCAGAAGGAGAUCACAGCUCUGGCUCCCAGCACCAUGAAGAUCAAGAUCAUCGCCCCCCCUGAGCGCAAGUACUCAGUGUGGAUCGGUGGCUCCAUCCUGGCCUCGCUGUCCACCUUCCAGCAGAUGUGGAUCACCAAGCAGGAAUACGACGAGGCUGGCCCCUCCAUUGUGCACCGCAAAUGCUUCUAGGCGCACCCGAGUCUGCGUACGCUCUCUCUCCUCAGGACGGCAAUCGACCAUCGUGCUGUGGUUGCAGGGUGGCCCCAAUCUCUGCUGUGGCUCCACCGCUGCCACUGCAGCCGGCGCCUGUUUUUGACGUGUACAUAAAUUGACUCGUUUUACCUCAUUUUGUUAUUUUUCAAACAAAGCCCUGUGGAAGGAAAUGGAAAACUUGAAACAUUAAAGCCAGCCAUUCUGUUUUGCUCCAAUAAA